AUGGCUGAUCAGGGCCGGCCGAAGACCUCACUACCCGAGACCAACAACCUUGAUCCAGACACUUGCAGGAUAUGCCGGGGUGAGGCGACACCCGACGAACCGCUUUUCUACCCCUGCAAAUGCAGCGGCAGUAUCAAAUAUGUGCACCAAGAGUGCCUGAUGGAGUGGCUUUCGCACUCGCAGAAGAAACACUGCGAGCUGUGCAAAACGCCUUUCCGCUUCACUAAGCUGUACUCGCCUAAAAUGCCGAACACACUCCCCGUCCAUGUCUUUAUCGGCCAUGUAGCGAAAUACCUCUUUCGGAACAUUUUGACGUGGCUGCGGGCCGGCUUGGUGGCAGUGGUAUGGCUCUGUUGGCUCCCUUGGCUCAUGCGUUCUGUCUGGUCGUUUCUGUUUUGGCUGAGCGACGAAGGCCUUGGUGGUGGACAAUUUUGGAUUCCCGCCAACAUCUCGGCAUCGCAUCCCGGACACCCAUACAUCGGCUUGAAGUACCUUGACGCCUGCCCUCUCAACAAGUCCGCUUACAAGUCAGCCAUGAGUCCGAAUCUUGGCCGCAACAUGAAUGGACUCUUGCAGACGCAUUCCACAGCACCUUUCUCCGGGUCAUGGCACGGAUUCGACAUCACCACUGAUGACUCCUUGACCGCAGGUAUGCUGAGGCUCUUUUUCGGGUCCAUGCCGCCCUCCUUCACAGUGAGCCAUAGCAUCCCUGGGGCUGCUACGUCCUUUGAUCCGCAUGCGUCCCUCCUGAGUAAUGUUUCGUUCCUUCGAAACUUUUCGCGCUAUCCUGUACUGAACCGGACGCUCAUCAACAUCUUCGAGGGUCAGAUCAUUACCAUUUUGGUCAUUAUCUGUUUCAUUCUUGUCAUCCUGGUCCGUGACUACGUGGUUCAACAACAACCCGAGAUUAACAUGCGAGCUGCUUUUGCUGCUAAUGAGCAGGAGCAGCACCAGCACCAGCACCAACAUCAACACGAGAAUGAUGAAGAACAGCGAAUGGCCGCACAAGUAGAGAAUCUUCCGGGGCCAGAUGAUGAUUGGAUCGACCAAGACGACGACGGAUCUGCUGCAGAGUGGCAAAAUCAGGUGCUCGACCUACCUUUUGGGAACAUUGGCCCGCGCUGGGAGCAGGAUAACAGUCAAGCCGAGGGUUCCAACGGGCCUUUUGUCCAACCGCAGCCUCAAUCAAGCGCGGAGGAGCAGGCCGAAGCUUCAGAGUUAGUGACUGAUACCCUGGCGAAUCUUGCCCCGUCUCCGAUCCAAACCUCCGAUGGUUUAGACACAGAGCAGCCACAAAGCCCCGUAGCUACGGUCCACGAGUAUCUGAGAAUUUAUCGGCAAUCGAACGGAGAUCCGCACCUGAUUCUCCAAGCUAUUCGGGAUGAGGGCUUAGAGGACAAGCUUGGAUACUGGGCCCGUGUCACCAGGUCCAUGAUUGACAAGACGAAUGGCAAUCCGCCCCAACAACCCAGCAAUGAGGAAGGGCAACAUUCGCGAGGACAUAGAUGGGCUGAUGGGCCACCAGGGGAAGAACCCCCAAUUGUACAGCUUCCUCUACCUUCGACGCCUGAAUUCGCCUGGCAUGGCGGCAUGACGAGUGCCAAUGACGAUUUUUCGGAGGCCAAGGGCAAAGAAAAGGAAGAUGAGGUGCCCGAGGAGUCUCAAGAUUCGCCCAUUGCUUCCGGGGCAUCUUCAUCGUGGAAUAACGCUCUGAGGCCUCGGUCUGUCUCGGAUGGGCCCCAGAGAGCGGCUACCGUCAACCCCCUGGCCAACAACAGCUGGUCGUUCUCGGCCUUGCCAGCUGAUGCUCCUGCACGCGGAAACGCAUCUUCACAGGAGCUUCCACAAGUAACAGAACAGCCCGAUGAUGCGUGGGAGAGGACUGGCGCACCAAGAACGCCGACUCCAGUUGACUGGACCUGGACGCCUGCUGCAGGAGAAGACACCGAGGAGCUCGAAGCACAACUUGACGCCUCGAACCUAGACGAUGUUAGCACUGCGGCCUCAGCAUCAGGUUCCGCACAUGCUGCCUUUGAACACCUUGAGCUCGACCAUGCCGGUCUCGAUGUAAACCCCGAUGGCGUAGACAUUCGCGAACAGGAGCCUGCCGUGGCAAAUGCUGGCGACAUAGCGGUGCCUCAGCGACCCCCUCUGCAGCGCGGCGUCAUGGAUCGCCUUGCUGAUUUCAUGUGGGAUGGCAUCGAAGCUCGAGAGCUAGACAUCGGAGCUGGCCAUGCUGACAUUCUCGACGUUGAACAUGUUCACGAUAACGUUGGUGAUGACGAGCUUUUCGAAGAAGCGAUCCCUCUGGAAGGCGACAACCCUGACGACUUUGAACGCGAUCCAGAAGUUGUCGAGGCAGCAGUGGCAGCGGGCUUGGAUCCCGAAGCCAUGGAUGAUGCGGAAGAUAUCGAGGGCGUACUGGAGCUCAUUGGCAUGCGUGGACCCCUUGUGGGACUGUUCCAAAAUGCUGUAUUCUGCGCAGUCUUGGUUUCCGUCACCAUCUUCAUCUGCGUCUUCAUUCCUUAUAAUAUCGGGCGCGUCAGCGUGUGGGCGGCAAUGAACCCGAUGCGCUUGGUUCGUAUGCUGUUCAGCUUCACGAAGUUCAUUCAAGAUCUUGCUGUCGCUAUCGUGGCGGGAUUCUGUAGCCUACUAUUGGGUGCCAUGUUCAUGGUUGGCAACGCUCUAGGACUGUGGUUGCCCUCAGCGCGGCGGUCCUGCGAGAACCUUAUGGCUCACACUUGGAAUCUAUCAGACCAUGCAGGCAAGCGAAUUCUCGAGAGUCUGAGUGGCGAACUUCCCCUGAUUUCUGCUACGGAGAUGCAGAAUUUCUCUGCCAUCAGCCAUGAGGCAUUGCAAACGCUGAAGAGUCAAGUCGCGGCCCUGUUCGUCGGCCUCGGGGCUGCUUUAGACGUAGUCUUCGACGGAAAACUCCCCAGCAAGGCGUUGCACUUCAUCGUUUGGGCAGGCAAGGUUGGAGUCUCUGCCCUAUACUUGAUGCGUGACUUGCCGCAUAUUCUUCUCAACCCAGCCAGCUGGGUCAUCAGUUUCGAUGUCCCCGAUAUGCCAGUCGGCGUUGACCCUGCACUGGCAUCAUGGUCAGGACCCGACCGUUUCUGGGCCAUUUUGUGUGGUUACCUCAGCAUGUCUGGUGUGGGAGCGCUGUACCUGCGCAGAGGCACACCUUUUUCGAACGGACAAAUCGCCCAGGAAUGGGAGGCAUCGUUGAUUGAUCUCCUGAAUCAAGCCAGCGGCGUCAUGAAGGUCAUCUUGAUCAUCAGCAUCGAGAUGCUCGCCUUCCCGCUCUACUGUGGCCUCCUUCUGGAUGCUGCCCUACUUCCUCUUUUCGAAGACGCCACCUUAAAGUCCCGGAUGGCUUUCACCAUCAAUUACCCCCUAACCUCAAUAUUUGUGCAUUGGUUUGUAGGCACUGGGUACAUGUUCCAUUUCGCGCUCUUCGUAUCCAUGUGUCGAAAGAUCAUGCGCAAGGGGGUGCUAUACUUUAUCCGAGAUCCUGAUGAUCCCGACUUCCACCCCGUUCGCGACGUCCUUGAGCGGAAUGUUGUAACGCAACUUCGAAAGAUACUGUUCUCCGCGUUCGUCUAUGGCGCGCUGGUCAUUGUCUGCCUUGGGGGUGUUGUCUGGGGGCUAUCCUUCACCGUACCCAACGUGCUGCCAAUUCACUACUCAUCGAAUGAGCCGGUACUGGAGUUUCCGAUCGACCUACUCUUUUAUAACUUCGCCAUGCCACUCGCUGUCAAGUUCUUCAAACCCAGUGAUGGCCUCCAUGCCAUGUACACCUGGUGGCUUCGAAAAUGCGCUCGCGGCCUACGUCUCACUUGGUUCCUGUUUGGUGAGCGUCGGAUUGAUGAAGAGGGUACGUUGGUUCUGCGCCCGUCGUCCAGGUACAGCUCCCUCCCGUGGUGGAAGCGCUUCUUCCUCGAGGUCAACCAAAAGAGCCAGGUGGUGCCCAAGAGAUGGAAGAACACGUUCAAAGGUGGUACUGCCAAGCCAUCGUCGGCGCUCAGCAAAGAGAAAUUCACCAGCUCCAGUCUACGAAAACGCAGGCUCGUUGAGUCCGGUCAGCUCAUCAAAGACGGUGUCUUUGUGCGCACGCCGGGCUCUGAUCAGGUCAAGAUUCCCAAAGGCGACAAGGUGUUCAUGGAAGUAUCCGAGGAUGAUGAACGCAUGGAUGGCAAGCCUGACCUUCCUGAUACGGACCUGUACUCGUCCGACCAAUAUCAGCUGGUUUACCUGCCGCCGCAUUUCAAAGCCCGCAUUUUCCUCUUCAUCCUCUUUAUUUGGGUCUUCGCCGCAGUCACUGGCGUUGGCUUCACCAUCGUUCCUCUUGUUUUUGGGCGCAAGAUGUUCGAGAUUCUCAUUCCGGCGCACAUCCGCACCAACGACAUAUACGCGUUCAGCAUUGGCAUCUACAUUCUCGGCUCCGCUGCCUACUUGGCCUUCCAUCUCCAUUCAAUCGUUGGAAAGGUCCGUAGCUGGAGUGCGACUGCUCUUCGGACUGUAUUUGCUAGCGAGGCACCAGCACGCUUGGCACGUUUCGUGUUGCGCGCCGCGAAGCUCGUGUACACGUACACCAUCCUACUCGUCGUUUUCCCCCUGAUACUCACCUCUCUAAUGGAGCUGUAUCUCAUCAUACCUCUCCACACAUAUGUCAACCCCCCCUCUCCAUACGCACUACCCGUAGAAAAUACCGGUACGUUGGCUGCUGGUGUUACCGCGCCUAACCAGCACACCGCCCGUGUCAUCCAGUCUUGGACCCUGGGUCUCUUGUAUGUCAAGCUUGGUGCACGCAUCAUCACAAGUCUCUACGAAGGUCAUCGCCCUGCGCACGCUGUUCGCGCCGUCCUUCGGCGUGGUUGGCUUGACCCCGACGCUGGCGUUUUGACACGGGCUUUCGUCAUCCCCGGCCUGUUUGUCGGCGGGCUCGCCCUCUUUGGCCCUGCCUACGGUGCCAGCCUUCUCGAGGCUCGUGGCAUGCUUGGCACUCCCAGCCCGGCGCCACACGAGCUCAAGAUGGUGUACCGCCUUGCAUACCCGGCGGCUGCCUUCAGUGCGCUGGCGGCGGUUCUGUUGUGGAGUGUGCUCGGGGUAUUCCACUCAUGGAAGGUAAGAAUACGGGACGAGGCGUAUCUCAUUGGAGAAAGGCUACACAACUUCGGCAUGGGCACCGUUGGGGCCACUGCUGGGAGGACGCAGUGGCGCGGAGCAAGGAUGUGA